GAUUGUAACAAUAAACAGUGAGUAAUUGUUGAUAAAUGAUAAGCUUGUAGUUUUAUUAUUCAUGAACAAUUGUUAAUUUAAAAUAAUACCGUAAAUUUUUCGGUUAAGGCGCGUCUAUCGACAUCAUCGUUUUUAGUUCUUAGUAAGACUUAUUUUUUUAUAUUGCAAAUGGCAGACGAGUGAUACGUGUUCUAUUUGUUUUUUGUUAUUUUUUAUUGUGACAUAACGUUAACAAAUAAUCAAAGAUUAUCAACAAUAAAUCAACUGCCUCUCACUUUAGUCAGCAUUAUUGUACAGUUAUUUAUAAAUAAUAUAAUUAAAUAACUAAUUAUUUGUUUAUAAUGGCAAAACUUGUGGAUAUAUGGCGGUGUGACCAACCGGUCAAUUUGACGCAACGACAAAUGCCCUUGAUUGUUGACGAAACUUUAACUAUGAUCAUGGACUUAAACAACCUAGGGUACAUCAAUGAGAGUCCUUUGGCUAAAGGAAAACAACUUGAAGAAUUUAUGAGAAAAUUAGAAAUGUUAACUGAAGAAGAAGUCAAGGCUUCGUUUAAGGUUACCCAUAAGGAUAUGUUAUCUAUUUUGAGCCAGACUGUGCCCUGUGUUGGUUGCCGAAGAAGCGUUGAAAGAUUAUUUUUUGAACUGAUGGGAUCAGGUCAUCAAGCACUGGAUCCGUUGAUCGUGACUCCAGAAGGAAUUUUGACUAUCUCUGAAAAAAGUUUACAAUCUCCAAGAUUGCUUUGUACUAUGCUUCAAGGUCAUAGUGAUCGAUUACACAAUUUAGUAGAACGCCAACCACGAAAUAAAAAAUCACUUCGUUGUGCUUUGCAUUCGAUGGAUAUUCAACGUAUGAGACCCCCAGCAAAUGCAUGGAAAGAAGCAUGGGAUGUAAUGAAGUCACCGUGCCGUCAAGAAGUAACUCUCAUUGAAACGGAUACUCUGGAAGCUACUUUAGAAACCUAUUUACGAAAACAUAGGUUUUGUGGGGAAUGUCGUACAAAAGUUUUGUUAGCUUCGACUCUUCUUACCUCGGAACCUAAUCCUUCGAAGGAAAAAGGAUAUAUAGCUGCUUUAUACAAAGAUAUUAAACGUUGUACUCCUGACAAUCAUGUUCAUUUAUCUACUAAUACGGAGUACAUUACUGACUUAAUUGGACGUGCGCAGCCAGAAGUAAUGGGCCGAGAGCGUCAUGCUAAAACAUUAGAAAUUGCCCAAGAAGAAGUACUUACUUGUCUUGGAAUCUGCGUUGCUAACAGACUUCAUCGUAUUCAUCGACGUUUGAAAGAAGAAGAAACAAUUUGCCGUGUAUUUGCUGCUGUUGCUAUUGACGCACUGUCGCGUAAUUUUCAAAUGGCUGUUGAAGAAAAACAGGGGAUUUCUCAAUUAGAGCUUCUAUAUGAGGAACUUACUCGAGAAGAAUUACUAAAGCAGCAACGUCGAGAGAAAUUACGCCUUAAGAGGAAGAAAAAGAAGGAACGCAAAUAUGAAAAUACUGAAGAAAAAGAAAAUAAUUGUGAAUGUUCGAAAGAAAAAGGUAAAGGAAAUGAUUGCAUUUGUACAGAAUCUAAACCAACGACUCAAAAUAAUGAUCGCCAUAAGCUUCAAAUUUUGGAUCCAAAGAAUAAAGGACAACCUACGUGUAAAUGUCCUGAUUGCCUAAAAAAAACUAAAAAUAGUGACAAUAAAAAACAAACUCAAAGCCAAUCUUCAACAUUCCGAAGUAAAAAUUCAUCACGAAAGUUAACUCAGCCGAAGGUGGAACAAAUUAAAGAUGUAAUAACUAAAGAAAAAGAAAAAGAUGAAAACCCAUGUAAAUUCUGUGAAGAAGAUCCACAUGAUAUGUGUUCAUGUUACGAGGAAUUUUUUGAAAAACGUGAUGAUGGAAAAUGGCAUUUACGUCAAGGUGGAAAAACUCUUCCAGAAGAGGAUUUAUUGAAAUGGGUGGACUUUAACAAACGUUACGAACUCAAGUUACGAGAGAUUAUGAGCCGUGCAUCAAGUGAGCCAUCUCAAGACUGCGGUUAUUCGUCUGAGCAUAACGUUAGUAGCUCAUCUCUGCCAAGUACACCAGAAGGAUCUGAGGUCGCGUGUAGCGAGGGCUGUUGUAGCCACGAUGGAGACUGCCCUGAUAAUAGACCUUGGGACAAACUGGAUCAUUCCAGACUCGGUGUUUCAUUAUUAGGAGAACAAGGAUUAACUCUUACUCAAAUGUUAGAGGACUCACAUUCAUCAGAUAAUGAAGGCACUGAAAGUUAUAUUCCUGUAGAAGAAGUGCAAGAAUUUAAAUCUCGUAUGUGUCAAGUGUCUGAAAAACGAUUGGAACUUCGAAAAAAUUUACGACACCGUUUUGCAAUGUUGUGCAGUCAUUAUAAAAAUUUUGGCAUUCCGCACUGAGUAUUCAAUAUUUUUUCGGACAUUACUUUUUUUUGUAAUUUAACUUCUUUUUUUAUUUAUUUUUUUUUUUUUGGUACAUUGACAUUAAUUUGAGACAAAAUAAUAAGAUAAAGAGCGAGAUAUUCGUUGAGCAUGCUUAAUUAAAAUUUUAUUAAAAAUUAGAUAGGUGUGGAUUUUAUUAAAAAUUUCUUUUUAUUCAAUUAUUGUAAUUAUUAAUUUUAACUUUUUUGGAACAAUUUAUAACCUUUUUUUUUUUUUACUUAUAAAUAAACGAGGCAGUGCUGUUAAAUGUUUCUACUGCCAAAAGAGUAAAAAAAUAUAAUAAUAUUUUCAUUUAUAUAUGAAUAUAAUUGUAUAAUAAAAAGAUCAAGUAUGAAGUAAAUUAAAAAACGAAUAAUGGCCAAUUACUGAUGAUUUAAUAAAGUACAUUCCAGUCUA